AUGAGCUUCUUCGGCUUCGGCCCGUCCGCCGAGUUGGACGUCACCCUGAGCGAUGCGGAGAGCCGCCGGCGGGUGGAGCACAAGACGGAGGACGGCAAGAAGGAUAAAUAUUUCCUCUUCUAUGAUGGGGAGACCGUGUCCGGCCGGGUCACCGUCAGCCUGAGGAGCCCGGGGAAGAGGCUGGAGCACCAGGGCCUGAAGAUCGAGUUCAUCGGUCAAAUCGAGCUGUACUAUGACCGAGGAAACCACCACGAGUUUGUGUCCCUGGUGAAAGAUUUAGCUCGACCCGGAGAACUCUCCCCAGUCCCAGACCUUUGACUUUGAAUUCACCCAUGUGGAGAAACCCUACGAAUCUUACACGGGUCAGAAUGUGAAACUAAGAUAUUUCUUGCGUGCCACCCUCAGCCGUCGCUUGAAUGACAUCGGGAAGGAAAUGGACAUUGUGGUCCACACGUUAAGUACCUACCCGGAGCUUAAUUCCUCCAUCAAGAUGGAAGUGGGAAUUGAGGAUUGUCUGCACAUUGAAUUUGAGUACAACAAAUCCAAAUAUCACCUCAAAGAUGUCAUCGUAGGCAAAAUCUACUUCCUGCUGGUGCGGAUCAAGAUUAAACACAUGGAGAUCGAUAUCAUUAAAAGAGAGACGACGGGCACCGGGCCCAAUGUUUACCAUGAGAACGACACCAUCGCCAAGUAUGAAAUCAUGGACGGAGCCCCCGUGAGAGGGGAAUCCAUACCCAUCCGGCUGUUCCUUGCUGGCUAUGAACUGACGCCAACUAUGAGGGAUAUCAACAAGAAGUUUAGUGUGCGCUAUUACCUCAAUCUAGUGCUCAUAGAUGAAGAGGAAAGGCGUUACUUCAAACAGCAGGAGGUGGUGUUAUGGCGUAAAGGGGACAUCGUGAGAAAGAGCAUGUCUCACCAGGCCGCCAUUGCCUCUCAAAGAUUCGAGGGAACCCACCCCGACAACCGACCACAACACAGUGGAGCUGCCGCAGGAGAUCAGGAAAAAGAGUGA